UUUCAUAUCAGGCUUUGCCGGCGAACGGAGGGUGCGUCCUUCAGUCUACCUAAAGCCCAGUAGCCCAUUAUCAUUCAAGCGACUCUAUCACCUGUCUCCCUAGUUUCAAGGAGACAUCGCAAAUAAGCGAUCGCCUCGUCGAGCGAAGAAUUAUGACAUACAAUCCUCUGUUUACUGUUUGAAGAUAUAAAGGUUUUAUAGCUAGAAGUAUGGAAGCUAACAUCGCGAACCGGGCUCCAGUGGAAGCUCGACCUCCGAGUGCAACUCCACUUGGCUCAGAGUUGCCCGCUCCGACACAACCUGCUCCUCGACCGCCUCUUGCUAGAGCCGAUUCAAGAUCAUCAUUCCAAUUGCCACCACGACCGGGAGGUCCUCAGGCACCGGCUAGACCCCAGUUUCAACCAGGAGGACCCGUGACUGCCCCGCCGCAGUUCGGUAUACGGCCUGGUACUCCGACGCCGCGAGGUCAACCUCCUCCAGGGCCAACCGGCUCUCCCCAAGCACGACCGCCACCCUUACGUCCAUUUGGACCCCAGUCUAUCGCACCUCAGGGUCCAAGACCCUUACAAUCACCGACCUCAGGACAACCACCUCAAAGGGUUCCACCACCCAAUAAUUUGCAAUUUGGUCCAAGACAACCUCCUCAGUUUGGAGCUACUACUCCGGACGCUGUUCGUCUACCAGCGCAACCUAAUAACGGAUCUGUUAAAAACGGAGUGACAGGGCCUGUACCUGCCCAACUACCGAGACAACCAUCACAAGGUUCUCUACGUGGUAUUGAUCCCAUAAACGGAAACCAAAACAAGUUAACCAAUCUGGAGAACCAAAACCUCACAAACAAUGACAACCAAAAUGCAAAGCACUCAGAAAAUGGCGUUGAGAUGGCUGGCAUCCCUAAAGGCCGGAGCUAUAGCAUUGCAGCGGCUCCUGGUGCACCCAAUCCUCUUAAAGCAUACGAUGAUCGGCGAAAGUCGGUCUCCGCGCUCGGAGGCCGAAACGAAGAAUUCGGAAGCAAGAGCCCGGCACUAGGUUUCAUUCAAGAGGGAAAGAUAGAAAGUAAGGAACAUGUCACCGGUUCUCAAGAAAGCCUCCGAUCAGAAACAUCUCAUGAAGUCGGUAAAGAUAUUUCUGACCGACCAGAAUCUCGUCUAUCAGAUUCGAAAAUGACUGAAUCCUUUAUUGGUUCUCUCCCUACAAUAAAGAAAAAAUUGGACGACGACGACGAUGUUAUUCUGCAAAACACCUCAACUCCCGUUAAAAAUGGUACCAUCAAUAACCAAAAUCAAAACAAAGUUGACAUGUCUGACCGUUCUCCUUCCUUGACCAGAAGCGAAGAAUCGCCAGAACCCAAACAGGUAUCACAAAGUCCGUUGUCAAACAAAUCUCAAAGCGUAACGCCGGAACCUCAACGUCCUAAAACACCAAAAACUGAAAUGAAACCAUUGGGUGAUUCUGGAAAAGAUAUAAAACCUGCUGUUACUCCAAGCAAAACUGCUCCGAAAUCCCCAAAUUUGGAGACAAAGCCCCCCAUGCCAGUGCAAAAGAAGCCCAAUGAGCUAAAUACUUCGAUCACUCCUGCAGAUUCCAAGAAAUCUACUCCACGUAAAGUGGCUUCGGCUCCUAAAGCUCGCCCGAAAGACGGAGACAAUGACAGUGGUGUGGAUGAAUCGACACAAGGAAAUGAUGUCAAUGGUUCUCCGGGUUCGCCUAACAAGAAAAUCCCAAGCAAGUUGCCCAUGAAAGAGAAGUCCAGUAACAGCCUGAAACAGAGUCUCUCUCGGUCUUCGAGCAAGAGUGCGACUGCCAAGACACCAGAAAAUCCAUUGCCCACAGAGAAGAAAAAGGUACCUAUGAAUAAGGUACAAGUUGGCAGUGCUCCAUCUCCUAACAUCAAAGCUGUGAAGUCAAAGAUCGGUUCCCUGGAGAACGCCACAUACAAACCUGGCGGUGGAAAAGUCAAGAUUGAGAAUAGGAAAAUUGACUUCAACAAUGUUACACCGAAGAUCGCAGCUAAAAACGAAGCUUAUGCUCCAAGUGGUGGGGCUAAGAAGAUCACAACCACCAAGCUGGAAUGGAAUGCGAAGUCGAAAAUAGGUUCCCUGCAGAACGCUGCAUACAAACCCGGGGGCGGUGAUAAGAAGAUCGAAACUGUGAAAUUGGAUUUCAAGGACAAAGCUAAACCGAAAGUAGCAUCUACGGUCAACAUCACCCACAAGCCAGGCGGCGGCGCUAUUAAGUCAACAGUGGCAAAGAACGGAACCAGAGCAAUUGAAAACCAAAAAUUGGAAUUCAAAGCUCAAAGUAAAGUGGGCUCCUUGGACAAUGUAAAGCACAAACCAGGCGGCGGAGACAUCAAAAUAUUUGACGACAAAGAGUACAUCAAGCAGAUCGGCCAGUCGCCCGUGCCCGAUGCGCGAGCGCACUCCCGGCAGGAGAGUCCACUACCACCACCGCAGCCACCGAAGUCCGAUGAGAAUCUGAACCAGCAGCCGUGUUAAGAAGAUGCGCUCGAAGAUUUCUGGAUUUUAUUCCAGGGUUACUACUCGUACUAACUUUUAUAAUCAAGAGUCCAACUUUUGUAUUUUAUUUUUUAUAUCUCGGUUAUCGAUACAUUUGAUGUAUGUAUGUACCCAGUUUGAGUGAUCUAUAGGAAGCUUGUUUAGGAAUGAAUGUCCAUGUCGUUUUUAUCAAUGUCAAUGAUUUAGCAUAUCCUUGUAGACAAUAUGUUGUGAAAUGUUUGUUUGUAAUCUUAAAAUGAUUUUGAUCGAAUCAAUUGUUAAUUCAAUGUGUUAGGACCUAGAAUAAAAUUAGUUUACGUACAUUGAAACCAUGAUUUGUGACACGUUACUUGGUUUCGUUUAUAGGAGUUAAAUCUAUCAUGAGUGCCAAUACAUUGUAUCUAACAGAAGUUAUAUCAUUCAUACAUAACCUACCAUAAUAAGGACGUUUUCGUACCUUCUGAUUUACCUAAUGAUAUUAAUAGUUCACAUGUAGCAUCAGUGUUCUCACGUUUGCAAUAGCCGUUCAUCAAUUCUUUGGACACUUUUUAUUGUAGAAGCACUAUAGCACUUGCGUGUUUUGUUAUAAUAUUUAUUGGUAUUUAUAGAGGUAAUAUACGUCUUAUUAUAUUGUAUGUCUAUUAUUGUUACAUUAUUAAAAAGCUUCUUUGUUCUUUUUUCUUCUUUUCAGUUAGUUUAUCAGUUUAAUUAAUUUGGAAUGUUUGAAGGUAUUGGACAGAGUUCUUGACACAGCAAAGUAGAUAGUCAACCAGUCGAUUGCUUGAAGUAACUAGGUAAUAGCUAUUUCAUUUGAAGCAGGAGAUUCCUUGAAGUUUAGCUUUUUUACGCAAAUAGAUUGGAAAUUACUUUGUAUCGUAAGCUUUUGUAAUGUUGCUGUGGAGAGAACGGUGCGGGCUCGUGAUUGACUGACCAGUUUUAAAAUAAGUUAUACUUAGUGAUAAAUGUUUUAUAUGUAACUACGAUUAUUAUAUCUAAGAAUGUUAGGUUUAGAUAGCGCGUUCGUUGUUAAUGCUUUUAAGUCACUAAACUUACUUGCAAUGGCUACGUUGAAAUUUUGAUAUGUUUUGCUGCAUUUGAUAUGUAUUUUUGGAAUAAAAUUAUUGUGUAAGUUCGCAUAUUAAUGUCCGUUAAUCGAUUCUAGAACGAGAAUAUUGGAUUUAGAAGUGUAUUUUAAUCUAAAUACGUACUAGGUGUGAUUAAAAUAAUAUGAAUGUCCUAUAAUAUGUAAUUGUGACCUGUAUAAUUAUUUUCUCUUAUUAUGUUUCUUCAUUCCACGAAAUAUUCAACUAAUAUUACCUGCUGGUUAAAGUAGGACGUUAUUCGAAAAUCUUUGAAUUCGUUUACUUUGUAGACUUUUGUGAACGCAAAUUGUCGUAUAUGUAAUUGAGUAAUCAUUUAAUAUAACUUAACACCGG